AUGGCGAGUGAUACGGUGAGCAAACUGUGUCUGGCGUGGAAGUGCAAGACGUGCGAGGCCGAGUGCAUCCCCAUCGGCCCGUCGUCCAACUGCAUGUGCAACCAUCGACUGCGGGACCACGGGAAGCGCGGGCGCGGCGAGACAGCGCGCGACUUUGGCUGCUCGUCAUCGCGAUGCGAUUGCAAGCAGUUCCGCUACCUCGUCUCGUCCGGCGCGUGGAAGACUGUGUGCUCGUGCAAGCACAAGCACACCGAUCACACAAACAGACCGCCGUACAAGUGCACCAAGCCACGGUGCUCGUGCGUCAAGUUCUUCUCGCCCUUUGUCUGCAACUGCGAUCAUCCCUGGUCCCACCACGUCACCGCCUACAUCCGCAAGGACUUUCAGUCCAUCGCCUCUCGCUUUGCCGACGGCCUCGCUGAUCCCACCCUUGUGGUCCGCGAUCCGGACAUGGCUCCGCUGCGCGCCGAUCGCCAAGCCGCCGCCUCGUCCUCGGACCCGCCGCCAUCCUCCAGCUGUCCACCGCCGUCUUCCGACUACCCUUCUUGAGCCUGCGCCAGCAACCUCGACCCCACCCUCCACCAUUCCCCAUCUACUACCCCAAUACCUGCC